AUGGCAGCGGAACCGGAGGAGGGGAGCGAGAACCCCCGAGGCAACGACGACCCGGUCCUAGUGGUGGUCGGGCCAACCGCCACCGGCAAGAGUCGGCUGGCGGUCGAGAUCUGUCAGCUGGUGGACGGCGAGAUCAUCAAUGCCGACGCCUUGCAGGCCUAUCGCGGUCUCGACAUUGGCACCGCCAAGCCCGAAUCCGAGCUGCUGGCGGCGGUGCCCCAUCACCUGAUCGACAUUCUCGAGCCCACCGAAGUCUAUUCAGCUGGCGAAUUUGCCCGCCGUGCGCGCCGGUCGAUCGCUGAUAUCAGGCAGCGCGGACGACGACCAGUCGUGGUCGGUGGUAGCGGCUUCUAUGUCCGCGCCUUGUUGUUCGGGCUGAGUCCCAUCCCUGAGCCCGAUCCUGAUUGUCGCCAGGAGCUGCUAGAACGCCUCGGUCGCGAAGGGCUGGAGAGCCUGUGGCUGGAGCUUCAAGAGGUCGAUCCAGCGACCGCCAGCCGCUUGCAUCAGGCAGACCGCCAGCGCAUUCUGCGGGCCUUGGAAGUGGCCCGAUCGAGCGGCCAGCCGCUGUCGGAGUGGCGCCGAUUGCGGCCCCUCGAGGAGCCUCUCGAGGCCCUGACAAUCGGAUUGACGCUGCCGCGGAGCAUCCUGUACGAUCGCAUUGACAGUCGCAUACGGGAAAUGAUCGCAGAAGGCUGGGUUGGCGAGGUCACCGGGCUGCUCGCUAGGGGAAUUGAUCCAGCUGCUGCGGCAUUUCAGGCGAUUGGUUACAGACAGAUGGUCCGCCAUGUUCUCGGCGAGUGGAGUUUGGAAGAAGCGAUAGCGGACACGUCCACUGCAACUCGCCGUUAUGCCAAGAGACAGCUUACGUGGUUUCGAAAAGAGGCCGGUAUCCGUUGGCUACCGACCUCGGCCGAGGUGGACCUAUCUUUGUUGCACCAGCUAGGAGUGGUGGAGGAAGAGGCUGAAUGA